AUGGGGAAACCAGACAAGCUGAUCGGGCGACAUGGUGGUGCGUCUGCUGGGCUUUUAAAGCUGGCUGAUGACAAUCGCCCUCGGCUGUGGCUGCUCCACCCGUCUGGCAUCCGACCUGUAAUCAGCCAAACACAGUUCACCUGCCUCAGUUUCAAUCCAACAGCAUUAGGACUAAGACCAGAUGACUGCAGAGAUAGCGGCAACAUCCGAGCGAAGCAGGAGGAAAGAACAGAAAAUGGAACAGAAAAACUUCAAGCUACCACUCAUGUUUCAUACACUCUGAAAUUCCUAACUUCUCAUUUUGCCUUUUUUGGCCCCUCCCUCUUGUGCCCGCUUGUUGCAGGUAUGGCCUCACAAGUGCAAGUGUUCUCCCCUCACACUCUUCAAUCAAGUGCCUUCUUUAGCGUGAAAAAACUGAAGGUGGAGCAGAGUUGCAACUGGGAUAUGACAGGGUACGGCACGCACAGCAAAGUCUACAGCCACAAUAACAGCAAGAACGUGUCGGCCAUCGGCGGCCCCCUAGGAAUCAACAGCUCCCUGCAGGUAGCCGGCUCCACCUUGCCAUACGAGCAAGCGCUCAUCUUCCCAGCAAGCGCGGCCCACAUUGUGGUUGCCUCAGCCAGUAGCGCUUCUGGGGGCGCGGGCUCUUUACUGGGCAGUGUAGGUGGAGGCAGUAACAGCAGCGGAGGGUGUGGUGGCGGUUCCGGGGUUCACAAUCUGACUCGCCGCAGCACGGUCAGUCUCCUGGACACCUACCAACGAUGUGGGCUUAAGCGUAAGAGUGAGGAGCUCGACAACAACAGCAGUGUGCAGAUCAUCGAGGAGCACGGUCAGCCGAUGAUCCAGAACGGGGCAGCCAGCGGCGCCACGGUGGCGACGGCAGCCACUGCCGCCUCCACAGCGACGUCCAAGAACAGCAGCUCCAACAAUGAGGGCGACUACCAAUUGGUGCAGCAUGAAGUGCUCUGCUCCAUGACCAACACAUAUGAAGUACUGGAAUUCUUGGGGCGAGGAACAUUUGGCCAGGUGGUUAAGUGCUGGAAAAGGGGCACCAACGAGAUCGUGGCAAUCAAGAUCCUGAAAAACCACCCGUCGUACGCAAGGCAGGGUCAGAUCGAGGUCAGCAUCUUAGCACGUCUCAGCACAGAGAGCGCAGAUGAUUUCAACUUUGUGAGGGCCUAUGAGUGCUUCCAGCAUAAGAACCACACGUGCCUGGUGUUUGAGAUGCUGGAACAGAACCUGUACGACUUCCUGAAGCAGAACAAGUUCAGUCCGCUGCCGCUCAAAUACAUCCGACCGGUUUUGCAGCAGGUGGCAACGGCGCUGAUGAAGCUGAAGAGUCUGGGUCUGAUCCACGCUGAUCUAAAGCCAGAAAACAUCAUGCUUGUAGAUCCAUCUCGACAGCCCUAUAGAGUCAAAGUCAUUGACUUUGGCUCAGCCAGCCACGUCUCCAAAGCUGUCUGCUCUACUUAUCUACAAUCCAGAUACUACAGGGCUCCUGAAAUCAUCUUGGGUUUGCCAUUCUGUGAGGCGAUAGACAUGUGGUCCCUGGGCUGCGUAAUAGCUGAGCUCUUCUUGGGAUGGCCACUGUAUCCCGGCGCCUCGGAAUAUGAUCAGAUUAGAUACAUCUCACAGACCCAGGGACUGCCUGCAGAAUAUCUGUUGAGUGCUGGGACAAAGACCACCAGGUUCUUCAACAGAGACCCUGACUCCACAUAUCCUCUUUGGAGACUGAAGACUCCUGAGGACCAUGAGGGAGAAACAGGGAUCAAGUCUAAGGAGGCGCGCAAGUACAUUUUCAACUGCUUGGAUGAUAUGGCCCAGGUGAACAUGACAUCAGAUCUAGAGGGGAGCGACUUGUUGGCGGAGAAAGCCGACAGAAGGGAGUUCAUCGAUUUGUUAACCAAGAUGUUGACCAUCGACGCGGACAAGAGAAUCACACCGAUUGAAACACUCAACCACCCUUUUGUCACGAUGUCGCACCUCCUCGAUUUUCCACACAGCACUCAUGUGAAGUCAUGCUUCCAGAAUAUGGAGAUUUGUAAGCGCCGUGCCAACAUGUAUGACACGGUCAACCAGAGCAAGACGCCCUUCAUCACCCAUGUGGCCCCCAGCACCUCCACCAACCUCACCAUGACCUUCAACAACCAGCUCAACACUGUGCACAGCCAGGCCACCAACCUGGCUCCCUCUUCCACCAACAAUUCUACCCUUUCCUUUGCAAGUCCUGAUGUCUCCAUACUAAACUACCAAUCUGCACUCUACCAGCCCUCCGCUGCCUCCAUGGCAGCUGUGGCCCAACGGAGCAUGCCCCUGCAGACGGGGGCUCCUCAGCUCUGCGCCGCCCGACCCGAUCCCUUCCAGCAGGCGCUCAUCGUCUGUCCUCCUGGCUUCCAAGGACUGCAGGCGUCACCAUCCAAGCACAACAGUUACUCCAUGCGGAUGGAAAAUGCUGUUCCUAUAGUGACGCAGGCCCCUGGCGCCCAGCCUCUGCAGAUACAACCAGGCCUUCUCACUCAGCAGGGUUGGCCUAGCGGCACCCAGCAGAUCUUGCUGCCUCCAGCCUGGCAGCAGCUCACCCACACCUCAGUUCAGCAUGCGGCCGUCAUCUCCGACUCUAUGAGCGGCACGCAGCCUCUCGCCAACUGGAGGAAUUCCCACCCACACGGCAGCCAUUAUAAUCCCAUCAUGCAGCAGCCAGCCUUGUUGGCUAGCCACGUCACUCUCCCAUCCAACCAGACGCUCAAUGUUGGAGUGGCACAUGUUAUGCGGCAACCCUCAUCCAAUAAUAACUCCUCUUCCAAAAAGAACAAACAGCACCAGAAUUCAGCCAGGAACACCUCAGCCUAUGAAGUGUCGUCCACUCAGGCGGUGCUUUCACCACAACGCUCCAAGAGGGUGAAGGAGAACACGCCCCCACGAUGCGCAGUCCAGAGCAGCACGGCCUCUGUUUGCCCUUCCCAACAAGGUUGUGGGGGUGGCGGCUGGGGAACUAUUGAGGCCGAGCAGGCCUCCAGCACUACCCGCAGCCAUCCGCACCAGCAGCACUUCCCCAGGCAGACCAUCAUCAUCCCUGACACACCCAGCCCUGCCGUCAGCAUCAUCACCAUCAGCAGUGACACAGAUGAGGAGGAUGACCACAAACAAAACAAAGGCUCGUCAUCGAAGCAAAGGAAGAACGUGAUCAGCUGUGUGACGGUCCAUGACUCACCUGACACCGACUGUUCCACCAACAACAGCCCUUACACUGUGGAGUCAAGACCCAUCAAUAACAACAACAACAAUAACAGUUGCGACACCAAGACUGCUGUACUGGACAACUACAACAACGGAAACCCACGCACAAUCAUCAUACCCCCUCUAAAAACCCAAACUAGCGAGGUUGUGAAUGAAUGCGAACGCCUAAUGCCAGAUACAAUGAACCAUCAGAAUUCCAUUUAUAAGUUUAAAUCCUCAAAUGGAGUGCUUUCGGGCAAUACUCAGAUACCAGGUGGUGUGACUACAUCCUACAGACAGCAGCGCUCAGGGCCACACCCCCUCCAGCAGCAGCCUCUUAAUCUUAGCCAGGCCCAGCAGCACAUGGUAGCAGACCGAAACGGAGGUCAUCGCCGCCAGCAAGCCUACAUAGCCCCCACUAUGGCCACUCAGGCUCCAUACUCCUUCCAUCACAACAGCCCUUCUCAUACAGGCAACGUGCACCCCCACCUGGCCGCUACGCACCUCUCCAGCCAGCCUCACCUCUACACCUACACAGCCCCAGCCGCGUUGGGCUCCAGCGGCACGGUGGCUCACCUGGUGGCAUCGCAGGGCUCGGCGCGCCACGCGGUUCAGCACGGGAGCUACCCGCCGAGCAUUGUCCACCAGCUUCCGGUCAGCGUGGGACACCGCGUACUGCCCUCGCCUACCCUGCACCACAGCCAAUACCAGGCCCAGUUUUCCCAUCAGGCCUAUAUCAGCGCAUCGCCCGCCUCUGCCGUCUACACUGGAUAUCCAUUGAGCCCCACCAAGGUCAACCAGUACCCUUACCUCUAG